GGGGCCAUGGCGGCCCCGCACGCCGAGAAGCUGGAGGGAGGCGUCCCGGCCCCGCCGCCCCCCCCGGGGCCCCCGCACCCCGCGGGUGGAGCAGCUGCCGGGGGGCCCGGUCGCAAGCAGGGGAAGGCAGGGCUGCAGAUGAAGAGCCCCGAGAAGAAGCGGCGCAAAUCCAACACGCAGGGCCCCGCCUAUUCGCACCUCUCGGAGUUCGCCCCGCCGCCCACCCCCAUGGUUGACCACCUGGUGGCCUCCAAUCCCUUCGAGGAUGACUUCGGAGCCCCCAAAGUCGGGGGGGCCGCCGCCCCUUUCCUGGGCAGCCCCGUCCCUUUCGGCGGUUUUCGUGUCCAGGGGGGGAUGUCGCCGCAGGUACCCCCCGGUUACGGCGGGGGUCCCCAGCCCCUGCGGCGGCAGCCCCCCCCCUUCGCCCCCGGGCAGAUGGGCCCGGCUUUCAGCAUGCCCCCCCAGACCCCCCCCGGCUACGGGCAGCCCGGGGCCAUGAGCUUCCCGGCACAGCCCUUCGGGCAGCCCCUCGGACAGAACUUCAGCCCCCCCACGGGGCAGCUCAUGCAGGGGCCGGUGGGGGGCUUUGGGCCCAUGAUCUCCCCCACCAUGGGGCAGCCCCCUCGGGGGGGGGACAUGGGUCCUGGCUCGGCCCUCAGCGCUCCCCCCGGGGGUCCGGCGGUGGCUCAGCGCUUCAGCCAGCCCGGUAACCUCUUUGGACAGUCGCCCAUGCAGCGUCCCGGGCAGAACAUCCCCCCGCUGCCCCCCACCGCCAGCCCCUUCCCCGGGGCCGACCCCGGCAACUUCCCCGCCGGCGGUGAGGAGGGGGGCAAACCCCUCAACCCCCCGCCCAGCACCUUCACCCAGGAGCAGCACUCGGGCUCCCCGGCCGCCGUUAACGGGGCACAGCCCGGCUUCGCCCCCAACAGCACCGGCCGUGCCCCCGGCACCCCCGAAACCAACAGCCUCCCCCCGGCCCCUCCCAGUAAAACGAGCGGGGGGUCGGGCCACCAGCCCCCCCCCGGGUUGGUGUACCCCUGUGGGGCUUGUCGGAACGAGGUGAACGACGACCAGGACGCCAUCCUGUGCGAGGCCUCCUGCCAGAAGUGGUUCCACCGGGAGUGCACCGGGAUGACGGAGAACGCCUACGGGCUGCUCACCACCGAGGCCUCCGCCGUCUGGGCCUGCGAUUUCUGCCUCAAAACCAAGGAGAUCCAAUCGGUCUACGUGCGGGAGGGCAUGGGACAGCUGGUGGCAGCCAACGACGGCUGAGCCGCCCCCCAACCUGCCGCCGUGUACAGCUUUCCCCCCGCCGAUUUAGGACCAAAAUCCCCUUUUUUUGUAACCGUUUUCCCUUGCAAACCAGGCACGGCUCCAGGCUCUGGCUGGGCUCCCUCAGCGGGCACCGGCUGCCGCUGGCACACACCGGGAGCUCCGGGCUGGCCGUGCUAUGGGGAAGGCUCUGGUCCCGCUGCACCAACCCUGGGGGACCCUGCUGCCCCCCCCAAAGUGCGGGGGGGGGUCGAUGGUUUUCCUCGGAGGUGUGUGAUCCGCUCCUCACCGCCAUCCUUGACUCCUCCUGGGGCUGUGACGUGGUCCCGGUGCCCCUUCCUCAUUCUCGGGAUGGUCCCGGUGCUUCCUUACCCUCCUCUCCGUUACUCGGGACGGUCUCGGUGCCCCCCUCUUUUCCCCCCCAUCCCCUCCCCCCCGUUUUCGCCGAUCGUUAAUGGAAACUUUUGUACCGUCGCUAUAAAACUCUGAAUCCGC